AUGGGAACGGCGGGGCGGAGGACAGUGCAAAUAUUAAUGCGGCACUCAUCCGGCGCGCUAAACAAUUCAUACGUCAGACGUCAGAUUAACCUGAGGCCGAGCGCGGAUCGGCGAUUGUGCGAGAAACAAUCCGAGCGGGCGGCGAUACGUCUGCAGUCCAAGAGAGCGCCAAAGCCGGGCGUGAAGGAACAAAGCCUCCAAUUACCCGAGCGGGCGCGCCGUGGGCUUUUAGUGAAUAAUGAGCCGCUUAUUCCGCCGGAUGACGGCUCCACUAGAGCUGUUCUCGAGUGGGACGCGGACCACCCGGGCCAACGCGCCGCGAGAGCACUCGCCGCUGCGACGAGCCACGGGCGGCUUGCGGUCACCGUGUCAACA